CGUUCGGCAGAGGGUGCGCUCCCUUUCUCCGACUGCGUGAUACUGCAGUGUACGUGUGUGUGAGAUCUGCCUUGCUCGGGAACUAAGUCUGGUAUUCUAAAAAAAAAAAAAUUUAAAUUAACAAACAAGAUAGGAGCGUAAUAUUGUGGUUACGAGAAUGCGGUCCCGGGGGUGUAAGAUUAUAAAUUACAGAGGAUUACUUGCCAAUUCGUCCAGUACUACCCUUUUGUGACCGGGCGGGCGGAAUCGGAGAAGACAGCCCGGGGCCGGGAUGCGCGGGCUGCAAACUUAAUGAAGCUUUACGCCCUUUCAUAUCAGGAGGCGAGCACCUCCAGAAAAUGGUGAAGUCUCGCUUAAGGAGACCGUCCCCGCCGCGCUCCUGACAACGUUUGCAGGGACUGCAUAUGUGUCUCUUUCGUUUGGCAAGCCUUUAUCUAAUUGUGGGUGGACAGCACAGAGCCGUCGUUACUCUGAAUUUGUCCUCAUAUCGCAAUGCACUUAUCUUUCCUAGCUCAGCGCAUUUGGGGGGAUCCUUUAAAAAUGAGAUGGACUGCAAGACGAGGAUAGGCUACUAAUGCACGGAAAUUAUUUUCAAAAGAAGAAAGGAAUAUUACCCAAAAUUCAAAACGAUAUAAAGUUUGCGUGUGGGGAGAGGAGAAAGAAAAACGUAGGUUCUUUUUUCAGCCGUAAUUACACGAAUUCAUACAUGGUUCUUUUUACGGGAAAUACAAGAUGCAUCUGUACGAAUGUUAACUUUUUAUACUUUUCCCCCAACUGGUAAGAGAAACUACCAUAUUUCUCUAUUUCUCUUUUAUACCAUUAUUUCCUUCCUAUGAAGACAGUCGUGAUAGGCUUUCAAGGAGUGGAGUUUGACGAUACAGAGCUCCGAAGCAUCAUAUAUAUCUUAGCACUUUUUGCGUUAUCUAUAGGAUAAAAUCAUCGCCGUUAAACACAUCUGAUAGAAAUUUUGCUGCAUUUCCUUGCGUCUCGAACUGAAAGCUUUCCUAAGAAUGGGUCCCUAAAGCAACAAGCGACGCCGGAGAAUGUGACGCCGGGAUGAGGUGCGCGCAGUUUGGCUGAAGAUCUCUCCACUUAUUUUUUGUAUAUCCUUUCCAGCUAUUUGAUAACAGCAAUAAGUAGCUAUUCCAAUGACCUCGGAUCGAAAACAUUUGCAUUGCUUAUAACGAUACCUAAGCACCUUUGUGUCCCGAGGUUUUAGUAAGUGGCUGCGAAGAAAGGACUGUGGUGAUGGCCAUGACCAGUUUAAGAAUUAACCGGAGAGCGUUUUGGGUGACGGCGACGCUCUUAGGAUUGACACUUUCGCAGGAAAUUUAUGCUCCCCAUUCAAUCAGAGUAGAAGGGGAUUUGACCUUGGGGGGACUUUUUCCCGUGCACACCCGGGGUUUAAACGGGCUGCCUUGCGGCGAUUUAAAGAAGGAGAACGGCAUCCUGAGACUGGAGGCUAUGAUGUACGCGUUGGACCAGAUUAACAGCGAUGACGAGAUUUUGCCCAAUAUCACCCUAGGUGCGCGAGUGUUAGACACGUGUUCGAGGGACACCUAUGCCCUGGAGCAGUCCCUUACUUUCGUGCAGGCGCUUAUACAAAAGGACACCUCGGAUGUGAGGUGCACCAACGGUGAGCCUCCAGUGUUUGUCAAGCCCGAGAAAGUGGUGGGAGUGAUCGGCGCCGCGUCCAGCUCCGUGUCCAUCAUGGUAGCAAACAUUUUGCGUCUCUUUCAGAUUCCACAAAUCAGCUACGCUUCCACCGCCCCGGAGCUGAGCGACGACCGACGCUACGACUUCUUCUCCCGUGUGGUGCCCCCCGACUCAUAUCAGGCCCAGGCGAUGGUGGAUAUCGUGAAGGCCAUGGGAUGGAACUACGUGUCUGCAGUGGCUUCCGAGGGCAACUACGGCGAAAAAGGGGUGGAAGCUUUCAUGCAGCUCUCUCGCGAAGCAGGCGGCAUCUGCAUGGCUCAGUCCCUCAAAAUCCCAGCCGGCUACAAGCAGGCCGACUUCGACAAGAUAAUACGGCAGCUGCUGGAGACACGGCAGUCCCGGGUCGUCGUCGUCUUCGCCAGUGACCUGGACAUUCAAGAGAUUCUCAAUGCAACCAAGAGAGCAAAUCUGGUUGGACACUUCCUCUGGAUUGGAUCCGACAGCUGGGGAGCAAAGCAGAGUCCCAUUUCCCAACUGGAGGAUGUUGCUGUGGGAGCCAUCACCAUUCAGCCCAAAAGAUCCACCAUCGAAGUACCUGUGGAAGUACUGAAGAAGGAGACAUCUGAUGCUUGUUGUGAAAAGCCAGGGGUCUGGAGUAAACGACAGAUCAGAUUGCUGCAUUUUGGGACUCUUUACAGCUCCAGUAGAGCACUUAACUCGGCCCGAGUCGAUUGUCUGACCCAAAUUUCUGUUGUUCUUUUUUUUUUUAAAGGAACUCACCUAUAUAUCAAGAACCCAGGGGACAAGGGCCAAGUGGAACAUGUUGUUAAUGAAGAUAAUAAUACGUGUCACCUGACUCUUUCCCUAGUGCAACGAAGUGUGGCCACAGCGCCUGGCACCCCCCAACAGAUACACGGAUUUGACACCUACUUCACCUCCCGCACCCUGGAAAACAACCGCAGGAAUGUGUGGUUUGCUGAGUUCUGGGAGGAGAACUUCAACUGUAAGCUGAUGAGCUCUUCCAAGAAAGAGGACACCAGUCGCAAAUGCACAGGCCAGGAGCGAAUCGGCACCGACUCGUUUUACCAGCAGGAUGGGAAGGUGCAGUCCGUGAUCGACGCGGUGAACGCCAUGGCCCACGCCCUGCACAACAUGCAGAAGGACCUCUGCCCUGACCUCUCUGGCGUGUGUCCUGAGAUGGAGCAAGCUGGGGGCAAGAAGCUGCUCAAGUACAUCCGCAAUGUCCGCUUCAAUGGCAGCACAGGCUCUCCCGUGACGUUCAACAAGAACGGCGAUGCCCCGGGACGCUACGACCUGUUCCAGUACCAGGCGGGCAGCAACAUCUCCGGAGGUUACCGGCUCGUCGGCCAAUGGAUGGACUCGCUGCAGCUCAGCAUGGAUGACCUUCAGUGGCCCAGCGGAGAGUCUGAGGUCCCACUCAGCGUGUGCAGCCUGCCCUGCAGGAUGGGCGAGCGGAAGAAGGUGGUGAAAGGCGUUCCCUGCUGCUGGCACUGCGAGCCCUGUGACGGGUACCAGUACCAGCACGACGAAAUCUCCUGCAAGCUCUGUUCCUACAACAUGCGGCCCAACCCCAACAGAACCGGCUGUGAGCCCAUUCCAAUCAUCAAACUGGAAUGGCAUUCCCCUUGGGCGGUCAUUCCCGUCUUCCUGGCCAUACUGGGUAUCACAGCUACUAUAUUCGUCAUGGCCACCUUUAUCCGGUACAAUGACACCCCCAUAGUGCGAGCCUCAGGUCGGGAGCUGAGCUACGUGCUGUUGACGGGGAUCUUCCUCUGUUACAUCAUCACCUUCCUCAUGAUCGCCAUGCCCGACGUGGCCGUCUGUUCCUUCCGCCGCAUUUUCCUUGGCCUAGGAAUGUGCAUAAGCUACGCGGCGCUGCUCACCAAGACCAACCGCAUCUACCGCAUCUUCGAACAGGGCAAGAAGUCCGUGGCUGCCCCCCGGCUGAUCAGUCCCACCUCCCAGCUGGCCAUCACAUCUAGUCUCAUAUCUGUCCAGCUCAUGGGGGUCCUCAUUUGGUUCGGGGUUGACCCCCCCAACAUUAUCAUUGACUACGAUGAACAGAAGACCAUGAAUCCCAGUCAAGCCAGGGGGGUGUUAAAGUGUGAUAUCACAGACCUGCAAAUAAUCUGCUCUCUUGGAUACAGCAUUUUGCUGAUGGUGACGUGUACGGUGUACGCUAUCAAAACACGAGGGGUUCCAGAGGACUUCAACGAAGCCAAGCCCAUUGGCUUCACCAUGUACACCACCUGCAUCGUCUGGCUUGCCUUCAUCCCCAUAUUUUUUGGCACGGCCCAGUCGGCAGAGAAGCUGUACAUCCAGACCGCCACGCUCACCAUCUCCAUGAACCUCAGCGCGUCCGUGGCCCUGGGACUGCUCUACAUGCCCAAGGUCUACAUCAUAAUCUUCCACCCAGAGCUCAACGUCCAAAAGAGGAAACGCAGCUUCAAGGCGGUCGUCACGGCAGCGACUAUGACAUCACGGCUCGCCCACAAGCCCAGCGAGCGACCCAAUGGGGAAGCCAAGACAGAGCUGUGCGAGAAUGUAGAUGCUACCAGUCCGGCUGCAAAGAAAAAGUAUGUGAGCUACAACAACGUUGUGAGCUAAAGUGACUUUGUCAAAGGAUUAAAGUGUUGAGGCUUUACCUCCUGCUGCCGGACAAGAAGCAGCGUAGGACCCCAGCGGGGCGUGGCCUACUCAGCUCACAAGAUUGGUUUGUGUUCAUUUCUUUCUCUUUUCAUUUGCUAUUGUGUUUCCACAUGCAGGAGGAAAUGGCUGGUCAUAAUGUUAGCAAAGUAAAAAAUUAUACAGUAUAAUAAGGAGAAGUCAAACAUGCAGAGAUAAAAGGGUCUCCGCUCAAAUAUAAAGUGGAAAGUGGGGGUGGAUGGUGCAGAACAAGGUGCAGAUGAUGACCAGUGUUACAGCCAUGCUGCCAUCAGAGCCGUGUCCAGUGGUCGGAGUCGCGGUUGUGACACUCACGCUGAACAGCGCCUUCUCCCACAAAGGCUGUGCUGAUGUCACAGAGACAGUUCUGCUUAACUGUACUUACAAACCACAAGAUUUCCAACCUCGCUGUGAAAUGUACACGUUUUUUUUUUUUUUUUUUACUUUACAUUAUUUUAGCCAUUUUAUUUCCAUAUGAACACAUUAUUAAAGCCGUGCUCACCUGCUGGAAAUAGUAAUUCUAUUCUUUUUAAAAAUGAAUAUUUAUGUUAGGAAAUUGAGAACUAUGUAUGCUGCAUAGUCGUGUCAGGGUAAUAAAGGGUACAUUAAUCUUAAAAUGUGUUUCCACGGACCUCAGAAAACUUCGUUUCAUUCAGUGCACUCCCGUCAGCUUCACGUAGUACAGUUCUGCAAACGAAACACUCCACAGUGUUCAGCUAGCAUGUGUCUACGCAUGGCUGUUUAAGUUCAAUGUGAAAAUAAAGUUUAAGUACUCACAUGGCUUUGACAUCAGCCAGAUAAGGGUAAACCUAUUGUUUUCACUUUAUUUAUUGUUUCAGUUGUUACUUUAAUUUCCUAGGAGUUUCUUACUGACUCAUUACAAUGAGAAAAUGUAAAAUUAAGUUUAUUUCUAUAUUAAAAAUGAAAGCAUGUAUGUUUUCUACUGUUGUUCUAAGUAUGUUCAUGUUUAUGUGCCUGGUCUGUGAAAGAGGUUUCAGUUUGACUGAUCAUGCAAGUGUAUUGUGGUUUUGUCCAACCAUGUGUAAACAUGAAAUAAAGCCAUUUUGUUAUAUUUUAUAUUCCCAGCAAAAAAGAAACUAAGAUGUAAAACUGUCAGUUUGUUGGUAGGUUUGUUUUACAGUGUUCUUAAGUGAGAAGUAUGGGGGACAAACUACUGGAACAAACAGGUCAUUUAUGUGUUGUAUGAUAUCUAUGAUUGUGAAACUCACCAACCAGUGACAGGUAAUAUUAAUUAGUAUGACAAUUCGUUAUGGUAUUGAUUCUGUUUAGGAUCUUUGGCUAUGGUUUCGUUUGUUUUUGAGUCACACAUUUUCAGUUCACAAAAAAUGAUUACAUUGUAAAUUUCAAAUAGAAAUUAAAUAUCCAUUCUUCCAUCCAUACAUGCUUUAUAGCCAUCCAUUGUGCAAUAUCCAUUUAUCUAAUUUAGGCCACAAUGAUGUGGGAAAAAACCUCCCUUAUAGAUUGUUAGGCAGGGUAACCUGGGCAUGAUGCCAGUCCUUCUAGCAAAGUCAAAUUUCUUGUGCUUUAAAUCAAAAAUAAGGAAAUUAUCUCUUUCAUUAAACAAAUUAUCUAGAAUAUAUGAGACAGAAGCCCUUCUGUAACCACGGGCAAACACUGAUAAGCAUUCCUUAAGAAUAACAGAAUCACAAAAUAGCAAAACUAUACGCUGUGCAAUGUGCAAAAACACAAGUGAGUUUCAAAUGCGUUUAAUCUGCUUUUCAAUUAUUACAUCAUUAUUGCAGUUCCCUGGCGGUAUUUGAUGGUAAUUAAACAAAACUGAAAAAGGACUAUGACCCUGAAUGUCUAUUACUCCUCUUAUAGAGGUUUGGUGUAUUUUUCGACCUCCCUUAUACAGCUAUGAGACCCACCUAGCUGGCAUAAAACAGCCCUAAAACCCAUUCUGGCCUCACAUCAGGUGUUUGCAGGAUCUCACCUCCACCCCAUCUCCAUCUCUGUUUCCCUGUUUGAUGUCCUAAUGGAGGGGAUCAACAGCCUGGCCUUGACGGUCGGGUGUGAUUGCCUUCAGCUGACUUCAAGCCAAAGAUAGCAUGCUUCUGUUUGCACGAGCAUUUACAUACUGCAGCAACCAAAACUGUCGGGUAAAAAAAAUUAAAAAUCAAUCUAGUGAAAUACAUAAAAAUUAAUAGAAAUUAAUGCGUCCUAAAUCGGAUUGACUUAACUCUAGACAAGUGCAGAAUCCCUUUAAGAGGACAUUUACCAUUCCGAUUUCAGAUGCAAUCCCUUAAAUGGUUAUCUGCAGGCUUAUUCUGUGAGUCAGUGGCCUUCAAAUCUCUAAUAUAAAACUUAUGGAAAAGUAUUUUCGGUAAAAUCACUACAUUCAGAAUUAAUAUUGUAUAUCAUGUCUGCCUGAACAUGGAUUAGAUCAGAGAUCUAUAUGUAUAUUUUUCUGAAUUAACUUGAUAUUUGCCUGACUACUUUUAGUUUUUAAAGGGAUUAAGACGUAUGGAACACAAUGUGGUGUACAUAUUCAUGGCUCUCCGGCGAAUUGCAUGAACCAGAUCUUUAUAAUAUUGUUUGUUGGUAUUGACAUUCGCAAAUAAAUCUAUGUUUUUUAAAUUCAUGUUUAGGAAAUAAGUUCCCAUUGUUUGCACGAGUCAUUUAGCAGCACAGAUCUUGGAUACAGGUAUUGCCUUUUGGGACAGCGUGCGAUCGGGCAUAAUUGGUGAGUAGCGGCUUAUUCCAAAACGCCGCCUUAUAAGUUAUGUCAAGAGGAGUCUACGGAGGGUGGAUGUAUCUGAAAGCGGAUGGAUGGGAAGAAUGCGCUCCAUUGCCGGCAGACAUUCACGACGCGUGUGCUCAUCGGAUGUGACAGGGUGCCACAGUGAUGUGUAAAACUCCAGCACAGACGCCAGGACACACUGCCGAGCACUGAUGCAUUUAAAACGGACUAAAAGCAAUGCGAUCGACGGAAGACCGAGUGAUGAAAAACUCACGGACUAUUAAACAUCAAAACUGUGUAAGGAAGGAAUUAGAUACAAAACAAAACAAAAAGCUUCAGAAGAGUGUUAUUUUUUCCACGGUGUUGUUUUACGGAAGUGUGUAUUUAUCAGCCGAGCAAUCAAUUAAUCAACCAAUCAAUCCGUGUCUAGCAGAGAGCCCCUGACAAUAUAAUUGGCUCAGCGGGGAACAAGUGGUGGCCGCUCGCUUCUUUGUGCUGUGUUCGUUCCACAACUGCGGGGUUCAUUUUCUGCCAUUUGCUUUACACAGUUAAUGGUUGUGUGAUAAGUGGGUGAGACAGGAUGUUCUGUUUAGUGAAUGAGAGAGAGAGACAGACAGAGAAAGCGAGCGAGAGAGAGAGAGAGGAUGGGACUGAAAAAAGACAGACACCCAUGAGUCUAUCUCAAGGGCAGAAAGCGGUUGCAAUCUGGAGAGCACUUCCUUCCAUUCAACUCUACUCGUUUUGUAUAGAAAGCUCAGCAAAAGGCAUUUGGGGGGGGUUACCGUCAACUAUUUACAUACCAUUUGCUGAAGAUAGAUGAUUAAGUAAAAUAAAAGAUUGUUUUUUAAUUAAGUUAUAAAGUAGCACUCUUUCCACAACGCUGUUUAUGAACUGUUAACGAAGUGUUAGAUUUUUUUUUCUCCCCCGUCUUUCACUUCAAAGGUGCUUUGCUAUUGCCAUCUUGUGGCCAUGAGUGAGACUCAUGUGUCGAGUAUGAAUCACAGCCCCCACUAGGUGAGCCCUCCCGUGGGAGCGUCUUUCUCUGAAGGCCAGGAUCGUGAGUUGUUCUGCUGUGGACAAGCAUCACGAAAUUGUGUAACCAUGGAGGGAUAUUGCACUUUUAUUCACACACACACACACACACACACACACACACAGAAGUGUACUCAUGUCUUUGUGGGGACCGUCCAUUCAUUUCUAUUUCUAUGGGCAAAACCCUAAUCCCAACGA